GACCAAACACAACAAUUGCAAGGUCAAUCGAAAUGCAAAAGGAAGCGCGUCGCAUCCUGGAUGACGCGAGGGCGGACGUGUCUGGAGAACGAUGCUUGCUCCGAGUGUUGGAUGCAAUCACAGUGACGGAAUCGAAUGCAUUGAGCCAACUCCUCAUGGCUGGUCUUUACGAGAUGGCGGACAACGCGCUGUUUACGCGCAAGUCGCUGCUCCAUCACGUCAGUCGCGUAGCCUCCCUUCCGACGUUGUCCGACGAAAAAGCCGAGUACGUCGGGUAUGCCUUGGCGGGGCUGGCGUUUUCCCUCUGGACCAACGACGACGACGAAAACGACGACGUCAACAAGUCGCUUUCGCGGGUCUGGCAAGGGCAUGCGAUGGUGCUCGUUGGCGUGACCGCGUACGUGGAAGAGACCCUUGUGACGCUUCCGUCCGCGGAUCGACAAGUGCUGUUGUCGUGCUUCCGCCAGUUGUUUCUGCGUACUCUUGGCAGCCCCGCAACAUCUCCCCUCGUCAAGCAAACCGUGGCCUCGGUGAUUGUUCGCAUUGGAUGGAGCGUGGAUGUCGAGUCCCAGCGCAUCUUCGUGGUGCAAUCCUUGCUUCUCCGCACUAUCCAACUGCUCCCGAUCGACUCGAACAUUGCCUCGACCAUGCUUCUCAGCACCGUCGACCUCGGCACAUCCAUCCGCGACGCGACUACCCACGCCGCCAUCGCGUCCACGCUUCUUAGCCGACUGCCGCAUGUCCAAGCCCUAGGUCGCGGCGCCUUGCACCUCCUCCUCGCCCUCGAGUCACUCGUCACCGCCGCCCCCGCCAUCGCAUGGGACGUGGACGUCAACCUCGUUGGCGUGCUGGCCUUGGUCGUCGCCAAACUCGCCGCCGUCGACCAAGCGAUUCUCCUUCGCGUGCUGCGCGUCGUCUUGAACGCCGCGCCGGCACCCGGUAGCCCGAGGCACGUAUACGCCGAAGUGUUAUUUGCGCCGUUGCUACAGUUGCUGCCGGCGUCGGCGUCGCACUUGCAGCAACUCCAACACUUGACCUCGCACGUCCCCUUCCAGCCGCGUCCUGACGCCGCCGCCCCGACAUCAACGCUGUCACUGGCGUCUCUUAUCAGUCCGCAUGUUUCGCUAGUGCAUUUGCUCUCCUCUUCCGUCCACUCCCAUCAUGCUGAGGCGUGGCUCGACGCCGCCACACGCCACCUGACGUCGUCGUCGGUGGACCUCCCCCCCUUCGAUCCGGACGCCGUCCUCGUCACGUGCGCGCUGCUCUUCCAUCCGUCCCCCGAAGUCCAAGACGCCGCGAUUGCUGCCGCCAAGGCGUCUGUCCUUGCUUGGCCCGCCGCCGGACGGAUGCUCGUGCCGUGCAUAGUGUACGCCCUCGCCAUCCCUCGACCGUCGUCGUCGUCUGUCCUCGCGCUUCUGCAUGUGCUCUUGGCGGCCGCGACGGACUCGGACUGCAUGAAGACCAUUUUGAAAACGAUCCACGCGUUUGCCGACGUCCCAUCAACCAAAGCGUUGGCGCUGCGCCUGUUGUACCAAGUAUGGACCCUCGAAUCCCGCGUGUACCCGCGAUUGGAAGAGAUGCUCGCGACAAGUACGACUUCGAACGACGAAGCGGACGUCGAGUGGCAAGUGUGCCAACUCUACACGAUCCUGCAGCUGUGUCAAGUCCGUGGAGACCUCGGCCUCAACUUUAUCGCGACGAUCCAGCAGUCGUUGGAGCAUGCGCUGCCGUCCGUCGCGGCGAUGGCCGUCGCAUGUGUCCGCGCGCUGUGUGUCGGCGACUGCUUGGACUUUGCCGCCGCGUGCAAGAUCCUCGCCACAAAACAGCGCAAAAAAAAGAUUGCAUGCAUGGACCACCCAUUGUACCAAGAAGAAUUGUGUCAUUUGUAUGGCGCGGGUGGGUCGAUGGUGUCGGGAAAGCCGCCCUUCUUGGACCAGCUGUGGGCGUUCGCCACCGCCGUGCAUCCGUCCGUGCGCCUCGCGGCCGUGGAGGCGCUGGCGCAGUUCCCCUUGCACUGGAUCGGCCUCAAAGCAGAGUCCGCCGCGGAUCUGAACGCCGCGCCUUCCGAGGCGGAGGACGCCGAAGUCGAACAAGCGAUCGACCGCCUCCUCCUAGUCAUGACAGAUGAAGUAGACCCGGACGUCCGACGGGCCAUCGACCGCCUCGUGGAGCGAGUGGGUCAAGACGAAGCCAAGCUGCCGCGGAAGCGCUUUGUGGCGGAGCGGACGUCUACGGGGGCGACGCGGGAGAUGCGCAACCUGCUGCCGACCCAUUCCCAUCUCCGUGCCCUGUACACGGACACGGUGCCGCGGAUGCUGCGGCAGGCGUUGGCGGGUGCCGUGCUCACGUCGUUUGUGAGUCCGACAGUCGACGACAGCGUCCGCAAGCGCAAGGACAAACUCAUCAAGCACAUGCAGGUGAUGUGGGAGGACGCGACGGGGCUCAAGUCGCAGCUGCGGGAGGACGCGGGCACGAGCGAGUGCAAUGCCGAGUGGCCGCUGCAGCUGGCGCUUGUGGUCGGGUGGGAGCAGUUUACGGCCCAAUACCUUUCCCUUCGUCACGAGUUGGACGACGCUCUGCGACCAGGUGCUUCAGACGAUAAUGAUCGAGGGAUUGAAAGGCUGGCGGUGGACCUCGUCGCACAAGUUGCCGACGCUUCGUCGCCGUCGUCAUCCCCGAACGACCUCUUGAUGCUGGGGGUGCUGGCGCGGCGGCUGCCGUCCGAGCUGCAUGUGCUGUCGAAUCGCAUCGUGGAAGUGCUGCUUCGAUCGCUCAGGUUAUCGCUGGUCAAGUCGUCAGAUGGGCAAGCCGCGUCUGCCGUCGACGGACCCCACAACGCGAUCGUGGCGCUAGGACUGGCCGCCCAGGGCGCAUUGGGGUUGCAUGAACACCGAGUGGAAGAAAUCGCAGACAAACUGGUUGGAAUGUUGAGAAGUCCAGACGACGCGGCACUGGCGCCGGCGUGCCUCUUGGCGCUGGGGCAUGUCGUGCAGUCGCUCAUGGUCAAGCAAAUCGCGCCCGAGCUAAUGCGCCGGUUGUUUGCGACGCUGGUGCGUCACUUGGUGGAGGCCACCGUCGUCGUCGGGGGGGAGGAGGUGGACAUUUCAACGGAUUUAAACGUGAUUCCAAACAACAUAACGGAUUUGGCGAGUCGAUCCAACCCGAACAAGGCCAAGAUAUCGGCCGCCGUGACUGCCCUCGCGCUGGCAAGCGAAGGCUGUAUGGUGGCACAGCAGCCGCAGUGGCUCAUGGGCUUACGAGAGCUGCUCCUUGCGCUGUACGCCAAGGGGUUCUCCGAGGUCCUCACAGCCCUUCCCGUCGUGUUGUUGCAGUGUUUGCAGUUUGACUUGAUCGGGUGGAAUCAAGUCGACUCGUUUGUCGACUUGUGCGUCGCGGGGCUGGACGACCCAGAAGCGUUGGUGGCGCUGCCGUACUUGCUCUGCCGGACGCAACCGCUGGGCCACGUCGUCACAUCCCCCGACGUGGCUUCUCGGAAGCUACUCACGCGUCUCAUGGACGUGGCCACCGACCCGUCGCGGCAGUUUACGGCCACCGCGAGAGCCUAUGCGACGCUGGGGCUGGCCAACUUGUUGGGCGUUGGGCUCGCCAUCGAUGUCCGGCCGACGUCGUGGAAAGGAAUGUUGGUCUCAAGAGUCGACGCAGAGAAAGCCAUCGCGUGCGUCACCAGUUUGACGAGCUUGUGCCCCAUCCAACGUGUCCGGAUCUACGCCGCGUGGGCGCUGGGGACCAUCGCUUCCGUCGGAACUUCAGGGGAUGCGUUUCAGCUUAAAAAUGCAGGCAUGGACGCGGGACUGCAAUUGCCACCGUCGUCAAUUACGUACAAAUUGCUGGAUCGCCUGCGCCAGGUCAAGCAAUUCUCGGCGUUAGAUGCCAACUGGGUCGCCAGUACCCUCACGGGGCUCGCGGCGUGCCAGAUCCCGACCUUCCAUUAUGCGACGCUGGUCCAGCGACUGUUGAAGGCGGGGCUCGGCGAUGACGUGGCGCUGUCGGUGGUAUCCUUUGCCUUCCGCCACUGUGUCCAAGACCCGUCGCUGCUCAGUUUUGUGCUGGAAAUGACCAGCCCACCCCGGUUUCAGCACCUCUCGCCGGCGCUCCAAGCGUCGUUCGUCCGCCAAGUACCCGCGCUGGCCAAGCUCGUGCCCCCGACCCAACUGCACACGAUUCUGUUAGCUAUUCUUGUCGCCAUCCCACGCUGUCGUCGUCAUGCCGGCGACGACUCGCGUCGUCUGUUCGAGUUGAUGCUCGAGGUCAUUCCCGCCUGCGCGUCGGCGGCUGCGUCGCCCGCGGCGACCGCUGUCUGCACCGACAUGCUCUUGGACGACGUAUUUCCGCAACUCAUUGCAGCAACUACGUCAGAAACGAUGUCGUUGCUGCCACUGUGUCGAGUGUUCACCGUGGCCGUCUUCAAAGUAGAUCCAAAGCAGCAGCAGGCCAAAAGACGCUUUAUCGACUUGUUGCGGCUCCACCAACAACCGGACCAUGCCGCGGAGGAUGUCGCCGACGGCGUCGCCGCCUGCGUGUGUCUGUUGGAACUGUUUCGUCUCGGGGGGGUGGAACCCAAAGAACUCCGCGGGGCGGUGCUGCCCUACUUGGCCAGCUGUGCCACGUCAUCGCGUUCCUUGAUUCCCGUCGAGACCCUCGUGCUGCACGCCGCCGCGAGCCUCGGCCAGUUGCAACCAAACGAUCAGCUUCUGUGGCUGCUCGACUUGGUCAAUUGGAUCGGACUCAAACUGUCGUCGACCCAAACCCCCUCGAGUGGCUUGCUGCUGGUGCUGCUAUUGGGCGCCCUCUGCGUCCGGUGGAGCCCCGUCGCGGCUACGCAGGCGCAGUGGCUGUGGCUAAGCAACCCCGACCAAGUGCCGUUCGUGGCGAAUGUGCUGCCGGCCGCAUUUGCGCAAGUUCUGGUCAAACUCCACGCCCAAGUGGACGCCCACGCCGCGCGCGACCUCGUCUCGCAGUUGCUCGUGCUCGUGCAGCAGCGCCCCCAGCAACAAACUGACACGUGCUCGGUCCACGAAGCCAUGGUCGUGUAUGCUUAUGUCGUCCCCCAGACGCAGCUUUGUGUCGACGCAGCCAAGUUUAUCGACCAUUUCUGCUCCUAACAAGUAUGAAUACAGUACUACUGUACCACGAAGAACGAAUGCAAGAUACUGCUGUGGCUUUGCUUUUGCACAUAUAUGUCACCGUAAGUCAAUAGGCAAAGUGCACACACGAC